AUGAGUGACUACACGAUCAUCCAGAAGCAAAUGAAAGAAGACCCACAGGCGUAUGUUGACGAUUUGAAGCAGUACUACGAGCACUUCAAAUCGAGUUUUACGACGAUGGUAGCGCAGUCUGAUUUAGGUGUGACGCCUGCUGGUACCACUCUCGACGAGAUGCUCCGAUUAGUUGUCUUUUUGAAUAAUGUGAGCGCGGAGUACAAAACUGAGUUAGCUGAGUUUCCCGUUGAGUUAGUUGAGAUUCUCAAGAAGUGUAAAUUACCAUCGAAUGCGAAAGUGACGAUAACGAAAGCACUUAUUGGAUUGAGAAGUAAAGGAUUCUUGUCGUUGGAUAAGGUCCUUCCUGUUUUACUGGAGAUGUUGUGUACCAAAGACAAGAACGUGAAAGGAAUUACGUACCGAUUCAUUAUCAACGAUAUCAAGAACUCAACAAACAAGAAAGGGGGUGCAAAGAGUAAAGCCGAGACAAUGCGACUCUUCGAACAGAUCAUCGACUCCAACGCUAAUUCGAAAAUUGUCAAAAAGAUUGUCGAAAUACUGAGCGAGUUGUUUGUCAAAAACGUGAUGAAGACACAACGCGUUGUGAAUAUAAUAGCCAAUGCCAUAUUCCAUUUGGAUGCAAAGGUCAAAGUAAAGGCGUUGGAAUUCUUUUUGAGACUCGACGAGAAACAAGAGGAACUCGACGACGAUACGAAAAAGGACAUUAAAGUUGCUGAAAAGGAUUUGCGAGUGUUGACCAAGAAACUUGGGAUCAAAAAGAAGACGGGGAAGCUUCGCACGAUGAAGAAGGACGCGGAGGAGAAUUUGAAGAAGUUGCGGAAGACCGAGAUAUUAGAGCAUCAACCAAAUUGGGGAGCUAUCGAUGCGUUGUAUGAUGGAAAUGCAUUCUGUGAUAAGUUGUAUAGAGAUAUUAAAGGAAGUCGAAAUCGCUUUGAAAUAAGACUGUUGGAACUCGACUUAAUGUCGCGGAUUAUCGCAAGAAAGGAAGUCGUCUGUUUGCCGUUUUACACGUUCAUUGUGAGAUAUUUGUAUCCACGCCAUGAACACAUCACAAAACUCUUAGCAUUCACCGCCCAAUCGAUUCACAGUUUAAUUCCUCCCGAUGUCGUCGAACCAAUUGUGAGAACAAUUUUGAAUAACUUUGUGAGUGACAGAAGCAGGGUUGAAGCACAAUCCCUUGGGUUGAAUACUAUUCGAGUUAUUUGCGAGAGAUGUCCACUUGUGAUGAAUAAAGGGAUGUUGGCGGAUCUUGCGGAUUACAAGAAAAGUCACAACAAAGCUGUUGUCAGUGCGUCUCGGUCGAUCAUCGAGUUGUUCAAAACCCUGGACCCGGAGCUCUUGAGAAAGAAAGACAGAGGAAAACCCGGGAAAAUCACGCCGAAGGGAAUUAUGCAGUUUGGAGAGGAGAAAGUCUAUGAAGGACCUGUUGGUGCAGAGUUGCUUGAGAACGACGAGAACGGAGAAGAAGAAGAGAGUAGUGAGAAUUCUGAGGGUUCGAAUUCCAAAGAAAUGGAUGAAGAGAAUAAUGAAGCGAAUGAUGGCCAAGACAAUGGGAGUGAAAGUGGCGAAAAUGCAAUGAGUGAAGACGAUGUACCAAAUUUGAGUGAUGAAUUUGAGGAGUGUAGUGAUGACAGUGACGAGGAAUUUGAAGAAGUUAGUAAUGACGACAACGAAAGUGGAGAGAGUGAAAGCGAAGAUAACGAAGCGGAAACAAAAGAAAUGGAAGAAGAGAGUCCUGAAGAGAAGGUUGGUUCGUACGUGGGUGGUAUUAUCACACAAGAACAGCUUGAGGCUAUCCGAAGGAAACAAGCCGAAGAAGAAGGCAUCGACUCUUCAGAAGAGUAUGAGGAGCGCGACAGGACCUUCGUUUCACCGGAUUCAAUAGCCCCAGAUAUCAAGAAAAAGAUGACAAAAGCGGAAAGAAUUAAAGUCCUCAAAGACUCGAAAGCCGAGAAUGAUAAGUUCAAAAGGGUGCGUGGAAAGACAUCUAAAGUGCUUGCACGUAACAAACCGUUCUUCAUGAAGUCGUUUGGGAAGAAAGAUAUGAAGAAAGAAGAGGAACGAAUCACAUCGGGGAAGACAACUCGAAGACCAAAGCAGUUUGCUGGAAAGAUGAGAAAGAGAUUUGGAAAGAAUGCUAAUAAACAGAAAAGUUUCAAAUAA